AUGAGCAGAGUUAAAUUAUUUAUCUUCUGUGAGAAUUUGAAGGAUUUGAGGUUGGCACAUAUUAUAACUAUGCACACCGACGAUAAGGGUCUCCCAGCACCGACUGCGCAAGAGAUUGGACUCCGUUUUCUUUUGAGAAAGUGCAAAGCAUUAGAGAAACUUUGUCUGGACUAUGUUGUUGGUCUAGAUGAGGACGAGAUGAUUGCGCUGUUCCAGAACUGCAGCAACCUUAGAAGCCUUUCACUUCGCCUCAAGCCUCUGCGCCAACUGGACUGGGAUUUCAGGACACCACUGACUGAUGAGAGCCUUAAGACCCUUGGUCUAAGCUGCCCUAUGCUUGAGGUUGUUGAGUUGACCUUUACGUUUUGUUCGAGUAUGUAUCCAACAGAAAUAGGCUUCACAGUUCACACUAUGUGUUACAAUAAUAUUUCCAGAGCAGGUUACUGCUACUUUAACUCAGCUAAACAUCCAUUAUUCUGA